AGAAAGACGAAAGUCAGUCGGCCACGCUUGCCACAAAAAUCAUUUUGGAAUUCGGGCGGUCCUUCACUCAAAUCACUAACUUUUAAUCAUUCCAAUAUUGCUGUUUAUAUUGAAAUAGAAGUCUAACAAAGCCGAUUUACACAUUUAAAUAACAAUGGCCGAUCUCGAUGAUUUUUUCGCAAAGAAAGAUCGUAAAAAGUCAAAGUCAAAAAAGUUUGCCACCUCCGAUGAACUCGCCAAAAAAAUGGAUGAUCCAAAACAAAAGCCCGAUGUUAAGCCGAAGAAAGAACGUCCAGUGCAGGAGGGCGAGGAGCCGGGCCGUGCUGGGGAAGAUGAAGAAUGGAAGGACUAUGAGGAGCCGGUGAAGGACUACACAGGACUCAAAAUCCAGGUUCUUCAGGGCGGCACUGGAGUUCCUGAGUCCGGACGGGAUACCGCCACUGAAGAUUCUAACACAGACAGCACUAAAGUCAAAGGGCCGUGGAAUAAACCAGUAGAUGCAGAGCCAGCAAAGCAGGCUCCACCACCUCCCCCCGAGGAGCCCAGGCCGACGCCUACAGUGUACGUGCCGCCGUCGCAGCGUCUCAACGACGCGCCCGUGCGUCGUCCACAUGCGACCAAGAACGCUCCGGACAUUCACAACGACGACUACUUCCCGGUGCUGGGCUCGGCGGGCAAGCGCGGCGGGUGGAGCACGGCCGGGGGCGGCGGCCCGCAGCGCUCCGCCCCCGCCGCGGCGCGCCCCCUCGCGCUCGACAAUCGCUUCACCAGCCUGCCGCACGAUAGCUAGCCAGCUAGCCAGGUGAUGGAAAAGUGUCAAUAAUGGAAUCCGUAAAAGUGAAGUGUCAUUAUGGACUUUUAAGCAAAGACUAAGCAAAGCUACUCCAAUACACUAUAAUUGUCUAUCGAUCAAUGGCACACUUCUCAAAA